AAAAUACAUGGAAGUGGGGAACGUUAUAAUUCCAACCCAAACCCAAACUCAAACCGAAAUAAGCAGACAUUGCCUGUGCCGUUUCUAGAGGACGAGACUAAGUUGCUCCGAGUACAAUGAAGUGGGUCCCUCCCCAAUAAUAUUUAUUUUAAUAUAUAAUAUCCUAAUCCAAUUUUAUUAGUCGUGUAUUAACUUUUAUUUAAUAUUUAUCCAUCUACGUAUGUUUACAUAUAAUAGAAGGUAAAAAAGAAAUUAAAGAUUGUAAUAAAAUAAAAAGAAAAAAGUCGAUAAAAAAAAUCAGACCCACGAAAACAAACCCAGCUGCGAUCCACUGUACUUGAGCCCUAAAGCAACGCACUCGACCCUCUCCUCACGGUACACUUACUUCUCUCUUUUUUUCGUUACUCAAAUCUUUGUAUAAUUGGAUGCCAGUUAGGUUCUUGCUCAAUUUUGGAUUUCAGAAAUUCUGUUUUUGUGGUUCUGUAUGUAUGGGUGGCAAUGGCAAUGGCAAUGGCAAUUUCCGGUGGAAAUUCUCCUUCCUCCAUCGUCGUAAAUCUAGGGUCGAAUCGAACGAGCCUCCUAAAGAGUUCAUCUGUCCAGUUUCUUGUUCGUUAAUGGCAGACCCAGUUGUCGUCUCUUCUGGACAGACAUUUGAGCGUGUUUCUGCGCAGGUUUGCAGAAAUUUGGGGUUCUCCCCUGUGUUAGACGAUGGUUCCAAGCCAGAUUUCUCGACUGUGAUUCCCAAUUUGGCUAUGAAGAAGACGAUUCUCCAUUGGUGUGAGAAGUCCGGUGCUCGGAAUCCUCAGGCGCCUGAUUACAGCUCCGUCGAGAGGCGUGUUGGUGCAUUAAUGGAGCAGGAGAAGCCUCACACCGGAUUUAGGGACUUGUCGGAUAGGGAUUUAUUGGAGGGAGUAUCAGAUUUGCCAUCGAUGAAUUUUUCGCACGCCGCGACGGAGUAUGGCCGCCGUCCAGAACAUUUCUACACGAGCUCCUCCGAGGAAUCUGUUUUUGUCGGAGGAAGUCCGGGAACUCCUCUGCCAUUCACGAUUCGACCUGUGUGUUAUUCCUUUUCGUCUUCUUCCUCCGAAAAUGUGGAAAACAACGCGCUCAUCCAAGCCUUAGGCCCGAAUUCAUCGAUUGGGGAAGAAGAGAAUAAAUUCUUAGCGAAGCUCGAGAGUCCCGAUGUGUUAGAGCAAGAAGAAGGUAUUGUUUCGCUAAGAAAAGUCACGAAAGCCGAUGAGAAUAUUAGGGUUUCGCUUUGUACGCCUCGGAUUCUUUCAUCUCUCCAUUCUUUGGUAACCUCGAGAUACCCCAAAGUACAGAUCAACGCCGUCGCCUCUCUGGUAAAUCUCUCCCUCGAAAAGCCAAACAAACUAAAGAUUGCGCGGUCAGGUUUGGUUCCACACUUAAUCGAUGCGCUAAAAGGAGGACAUACUGAAACGCAAGAACACGCCGCCGAAGCGCUCUUUAGUCUAGCUUUAGAGGACGAAAAUCGGAUGGCGAUCGGAUUUCUCGGCGCAAUGCCGCCGCUCCUCUACGCACUACGAUCGGAAAACGAGCGAACUCGAGACGUUUCCGCUCUAUGUCUCUACAACCUAACAAUGAUACAAAGCAACCGUGUGAAGCUCGUGAAACUCGGCGCCGUAACGACUCUUCUUUCCAUGGUGAAAUCGAGAAACUCGACGAACUGGCUGUUGCUGAUCCUCUGCAACAUCGCCGUGUGCCAGGAGGGUAGAUCAGCAAUGCUGGACGCCGAUGCCGUCGGGCUCUUGGUCGGAAUGCUGAGGGAGAAAGAGCUGGACUCCGAAUCGGCUCGCGAGAAUUGCGUUGCGGCAUUGUACGCACUGAGCUAUGGAAGCAUGAGAUUCAAGGGAUUGGCGAAGGAAGCCGGAGCAAUGGAGGUUUUGAGGGAGAUUAUUGAAAGAGGAAGCGAGAGGGCGAGGGAGAAGGCGAAGAAGAUAUUGGAGAGGAUGAGGACGAGAGGGAGAUCGGUUGACGACGGCGAUCGUGGCGGCGAAUCGAGUUUCGUGAGAGGUGGACUCAGUUCGACUGGGUACCGAAUGGGAGGUGGAAGGAUUCCCAGCUCGGCUAAUACGAUGCCGUUUUGAUGAAAUGUUGUUCUGCGUUAGGAUUAUUGGGCGAGGGUUUGCUCUUGUUUUGUAAACACUGUAAUUAAUGGAUUUUUACCGUCCAUAUUAGGAAGAUUUGAUGGGUAAUUACAAUGGAAUGUUAACUUAGUUUCGUACAGAUGGGUUAUUUUUUCUAACCUUUCUCAACUUAAAUUGGAUUUUACAGUAAUGGAUGUAAUUAA